UAAAUGAUCAGUAAAUUUAUGAAACGUGUUUUAUCGUAAAUUUUUAUUCUUCCGCGACAACCAUUCCAUCCUGGCUCUUUUAAAAUCGCCCGGACGAAAACAAAGCUUGCUGUGAUACCCACGUGUUUUUAAAUAAUGAAUGAUGGAGAGGAGGACAGUACCAAUAUCAGCUCAGAAUCUCUCACAACACCACCUGUUACUGUACAGGUAAUAAAAGAAGGCCUUUCAUCUGGACAGGAAACUCUUUCUCAGAAUGAAACUUUGACAGUGAGUGAAGUUGAUCCUAGUAGUUUGAUAUCUCUUGAAUCAACUGAUAUUGUGGGUGAUAGUGAAGAUGGAAAACAGUUUGUUAUUGUUACACCCUCUGGAAAUGCUACAUUAGGUAUAGGAACAUUGGCACCAUUACCGGAAGUAGAGACCCAAGAUGGGGAACCAGCAUAUAAAAGAUACCGCAUGCUGGGAGAAGAUGGGCAGUCAUACAUUUUGACAGUUGCAGCUGAUCCGGUAGAAGAAACUGGACCAGAGACAACAGCGAAACAAUUUAGUGAACAUCAAUAUCAGGCUAAGCAGGAGGAGCUGACCAGUGAGACAGCAGCUGCCAGGAACCAGGAGAAACGGAACCAGUUACUAAAGUCGGACAUUUCACAGGCGUGGUUCACCACUAGGGAUGAUAAAUACAUCUUGCAAAGCUCUGGUGCAACAUGGAAACAGGGACAGUGGUCUAAAGAUGAAAUAGAGCUUUUACAGUUAAACAUUUCUGAAUAUUGCAGGAGUCACAAUAUUGGGGAUCCCACUGAAAUCAUAUUUGAGAUGACCAAAGAUGAUCGGAAGCAAUUUUACCGCACCAUAGCAAAAGGUCUGCAGCGGCCUCUAUUUUCUGUGUAUAGAAGAGUUACCCGUAUGUAUGACCAGAAAAAUCACAUGGGCAAAUACAGUUAUGAUGAAAAAGUCAAGUUGAAAGAGUUGCGAGCCAAGCAUGGUAAUGAUUGGGCAACAAUUGGACAGGCUUUGGGUCGGAGUGCUUCCUCCGUUAAAGACAAGUGUAGAUUAAUGAAGGAGACAUGUAACUCAGGGAAAUGGCUGCCAGAGGAAGAGAAACGUCUCACGCAGGCUGUUUAUGAUCUCUCUGGUGGACGACCAGGUGAAGAUAUAGUCCAUGGGUUAUCAUGGGCUCUAGUUUCAGAAAAAGUGAUAACUCGGUCAGAGAAACAAUGUAGGACAAAGUGGCUGAAUUACAUGAACUGGAAGAUGAAAGGGGGUAAAGAGUGGACACGAGAGGAAGAUAUGAAUCUCAUUAUAAGAAUAGCAGCAAUGGAAGUAACAGAUGAUUCAGAAAUAGAUUGGGAUGAUUUAGCAAGCAACUGGGAAAGUGUAAGAUCUCCACAGUGGUUGAGAGGGAAAUGGUGGUCUUUGAAGAGACAUAUUCCAGACUACCAGAUACUACCUUUCAAUGAAUUAUUACAGAGCAUGAAAACAUUUUACCUACAUUAUGUACGUAUACGUAAUGCUACAAGCAGUACAGCUAGAACUAGGAAGAUUGUAUCGUCCCCAGGACAGUCAGUUCAGUAUGUUCCUAUAGCAGUUAAUGGAUUAACUACAGUAGACACAAGCAGUAUUGAUGAUAUAGAUGACUCGAGUGUAGCAUACGAAGUUCUCCAAGAACUCCCCAACAAUGGCGGAUCGUUUAUUAUAACUCAGUCUGGAGUUACCCAAUCUUUACAGACUUCAUUGUCUGAGCAUAUUAUUGUGCAGACUGUACCAUCCUCGGAGGUGUCAAACACUGAUCUAGAGUUAACAAGUCAGUCUCGUGUUGUUAUACGUGUGCCGUCUGCCUCAGAUCUUAGCGAGACUGCUCUAGAAACAACAGAUCUUGGUACAACUAUACAGCUUCCAGAAACAAUAAGUCACAGUCAGCAGGAUUUGGAGAGUCUCACUGAAGAGCAUGUGAUAUCCACACCUGUGUCCCUAGCUGUUGAUUCAACAUUCCCUUCUCAUGGCCUUGAAGAGGCAGUGAUAUCUAGUCCAGGUGAUGUAGUCAUCGAUAUUAAACAGGAAUCAUAUUCUCAGUCAGUCAGUAACAAUGGUCAACUGAUGACAUCAUUCUCAGAUCCUAUGUUGAACUCAGACAGUAUAAGCCUGAUGGGAUCAGCAUCUGAUGUAGAGACUGAGCUUGUACAGAUGACAUCAUAGGAGUAUACAGCUUGUGACAUCAUUAGAUGACAUCAUAGGAGUAGAGUAUACAGCUUGUGACAUCAUACAGCUUGUGACAUCAUAGGAGUAGAGUAUACAGCUUGUGACAUCAUACAGCUUGUGACAUCAUAUGAGUAGAGUAUACAGCUUGUGACAUCAUUAGAUGACAUCAUAGGAGUAGAGUAUACAGCUUGUGACAUCAUACAGCUUGUGACAUCAUAGGAGUAGAGUAUACAGCUUGUGACAUCAUACAGCUUGUGACAUCAUAGGAGUAGAGUAUACAGCUUGUGACAUCAUACAGCUUGUGACAUCAUAGGAGUAGAGUAUACAGCUUGUGACAUCAUACAGCUUGUGACAUCAUAUGAGUAGAGUAUACAAUGGAGUAGAUAACUUGUGACUUCAUUACAAGACUGGUUUUCUUUUCAUCUUGAAAAAUGUAACUCGGCAUAAAUUAUGAAUAAUUUAUCUAGUCAUUUAGAUAGAAAUGAAUGUAUAGACAGUCAAUUGGUAUUGUUUAGUAAGUUAUUCAUAAAAAUAGUGAAAUUGAUCUGAAACUCAAAGUGCUUUUGUUUUACAAAUUUAUUCAAAUAUACAUUUUGUGUAUAUGAAAGAUUUGAUGAACAUAAACCUGAGGUCAUUGGUCUCUAACUGCUGAUCAGAAAUAACUGGUUAGUUAUCCAGUGUCGGAUAGGUGAACCAACCCCCAAGAUAAGAGCAAAAAAAGGUUAAAAUAGGGAUUGAAACCAACAGAACAAACAAACUAACAUUAAUAAGUGAAAAAAUUUCGUUCACUUAGGCAGUAUUUUGAAAAAUUUCAAAGGAGAAUUAUAUUUUAUAUGCACCAUUUUCUGUAUUACUGGUAUGUGUUGACAUUUUAUUGUGCAUGUGAUUCUCAACACUGCAUUAUUGUUUAUUUUUUAUAACAGGAAAUAUUUAAUGUUAAUAUUAAUGUCAUUUUCAACAUUGUUUUGAAACUAUGUUUUGUAUUGUAACUUGAAUUUUUCGUAAUUUUUAUGCUUCCAAAUGGAAUAUACAUGUAUAGUUGACAGUUUGACCUUUUUUCCAUCACAUUUAUUUGACCUUUCCUCAGAUCACCAUUAUUUAUUAAUUGUUAUAUUACAUUAUUGUUGUGUUAGUGCAUUCCUUUAUCAUCGGUUGGAAUUUCAGUUUGAUAGGGUCAAGGUCACUGUGGCUAAAAAUAGAUUUUUCUGCUGUCGUCAAGGCAACACCAGGGAGCAUCCAUAUCUGUUGUCAGUACUCUUGUUUUCAUCAUGUUUGAUUUUUAUUGAUUGAUAAAAGAAAAAAAUGAAACUAUUGUUCUGUAUUCAUUAGCACGUGGGGAUCCUUCACAUUAAUAUGCAAUGACUUGCUUAGU